AUGGAAGUGGACAAAGGAACUAAGUCUAAGGAAACUAUCGAUGAAGGUAAGGCUGGGAAACAUGCUGAGUCAAUCCUGGUUCUUACUAAGCAAUUUACAGUACUGGAGUUGGUAGAGGAAUCGGGAUGUUUAGAGUUGGAAGUUUUUGAAAACAUGAAGGCUUUACCCCGGAAAACAUGGAGGAUAAAGGUAGGUACGACUGGCAGUAAAGAAAAUAUGGGUGAGUAUGAGCUUAGGGGAAAUAGGCUGUAUGAAACAGAUAGGAAGGAAGUACGGGUGGACAAGAACAAAGGGAUUGAAUGUACAUAUAUAGUCGGGAAAGUGGCAUCUUCACAUGAGAAAUCGGUUGUCACUGAAGUUAUGGGGGCUAUGGGUAGUGAUAGGUAUCUAUGUAAUGCGAAUGGGGGAAAGGAAUUAAUGAAGGGCCAGCAAAUGGGAAAAGAUAUUAAUAGGAGACAACACGAUACAAGGUUGAGUGAGCUUCAAACUAUAAUGCAUGGAAUCAGUGUGGGCAACAAAUGCAUGCACAAGUUAUAUGGACAGAGGUUAAUAUGGAGGAAUUGGAUAAAUUAG